GUUCAGACUUCCGGUGUGCACGUCCGGCCGGCUGGCACUGAGGAAGCCAUGGUGCGGUUCAAGCACAGGUACCUUCUGUGUGAAUUGGUGUCAGAUGACCCCCGCUGCCGCCUAACUCUGGACGACCGAGUGUUGGGCAACCUUGUACGGGACACGAUAGCCCGAGUGCACGGGACUUUCGGCGCCGCCGCCUGCUCGAUCGGCUUCGCAGUUCGAUACCUCAAUGUCUAUACUGGAAUAGUGCUGCUUCGAUGCCGGAAGGAGUUCUACCAGCUUGUGUGGUCAGCUCUUCCUUUCAUCACAUACUUGGAGAACAAGGGGCACCGCUAUCCUUGUUUUUUCAACACACUGCACGUGGGAGGUACAAUUAGAACAUGUCAGAAGUUCCUGAUUCAGUACAACAGGAGACAGCUGUUGAUCCUGUUGCAGAGCUGCACUGAUGAAGGAGAGCGGGAAGCUAUCCAGAAAUCUGUCACCAGAAGCUGUUUACUAGACGAGGAGUCUGGUGAGGAGCUUUCGGACAGUGGUGGUGAGGAAGCCACAGAAACAAUGGAGUAAACUCUGUUCGCCAUGCAGCAGGCUGCAGUAGGCCGGGGCCACUUGGGGAACUGGACAUUCUAGGGGGCAGGAGCAGCAUGUUCCACAGUUCUCCAAACUGGAGGGCUCCCAACCAGGGGACCAGUGACCAGCUUGACAUGGAAGAGUUAAACUGGUUUCCUUUGUCUAGCAUCCCUUGGGUAAGUGGUUGUGUAGGCUGUGAAGGCUCUAUAGACAACUUUUAUAUCUAAAUGCUUGGAUGAGAGUAGGCUGAAUAAAUGUACUUGGCUUCUGUAACCUUCAGCUAAGUUACAGAAUGGUGCUAUGCUCUGUAACCAUAUGUCCCCCCCACACCUCAAGUGCUCACAGGUUGGGCUUUUGGGGGGUGAUUAUGGGUGAUACUCAGUGGAUUAGUCCACUGGUGUGUUUAUAGGUAGAUGGAAUAUUAGGUGGUGACAUGUGCUUAGAGAGGGGGUCACUGGGGUGUGCCCAAAAAGGGCAGUUACCCACCUCCUCCUCCGCUUCCUCAUGGCCACGCCUCCUGCCUUGAAGCCAGCCUACUUCAGACUGAAACCUCUACAAACUGAGCCGAAAUAAAUCAUGCCUCACAGUUGUGUCUCAGCAACAGGGCUUACAGAAUUUAUGCUUGACCAAGUCUUUCCCCAUCUACAGCCCUGGCCUUGGUGAGAAGAUUGGCUCCUUGUGUAAUGAGUUUCAAAUGUUCAGUGUUCCACCUGAGGCUUUGCACCUCCAAUUCCCAAUUUGGACUCUAAGCAAGACAAGUCAUUUGUAGUAGAGAUAUAAGUGAGAAACAACAAUUAAAUUUUGUACAUCAUCUA